UAAACAAAAAGAGAAAAAAGAAAAAAGAAAAAAGAGAUUGAAUUGCCUCUGUAACAAGGAAACCAUUUCUCGACGCCUUCCGUCGCCUUGUGAAGCUCCGAUCAUCCAAGAUGCGAUUACUCCUCUGCGCGUAGAUAUUAGGCGUUCUCUGCAAAUUUGCUAUUUUCUUUGGUCCCCUCGCCGUCGUCCAUUUCGGCCACCUGAAGCGCAUGUAUGCUUCCUGACGAUGCCGUCGCAUUGAUUUCAAAUCGCUCACACAGAGACAGAGACAGAGACGAGAGAGGAGGACUUGGUUGAGGUCAUUUCAUUAGUAUGGCUGAUAUUUAUGCCUGGCUCCUCUCCUUCUUCUUCAUCAUAUCGCUUCUCAUACUCGUCGUUUUCCAGCUCAUGUGCUUAGCUGAUCUUGAGUUUGAUUAUAUCAACCCUUAUGACUCUUCGUCACGGAUAAACAAAGUGGUUUUACCUGAGUUCAUCACCCAAGGAGUCUUGUGCAUCUUCUAUCUUUUGACAGGGCAUUGGAUUAUGUCAUUAUUUUGUGCGCCUUACCUCUAUUACAAUUUGAGAUUGUACACUCAGCGACAGCACCUGGUAGAUGUUACCGAGAUAUUCAAUCAGUUAACUUGGGAAAAGAAGAAAAGGCUUUUCAAACUAGUCUAUCUUGUUUCUCUCCUCUUUCUUUCCAUAUUUUGGUUGAUUUAUAGUGCGUUGGAGGAUCAUGAUCCUUGAUUAGGAAUAGCUGCAAACUGUUGUCUUGUAGGAGACAAUUCCAGUGUGCGGCUCACGCUCACUACAGAGCUUGAUGUACUUACUCCCAGGUUAUCUUGUUGCAUUCUAAUUCUGGACAAAUAAUUGCUCUGUGAGUAAGGUCUAAAGGUUUCAUCUUUGAUUGCCACCAUGCUGCCCCCAUUUUCUGCUGCCUUUUAUAAUGUUCAUGUGAUAUUUGUCAUGUUUAUAUAGAAAGCUUUUUAUACACGAUUCAGUGAAAAAAGUUCACUAUUUAUGGACUGUACUUUGACUUAGCGAAAGUAAUUUUAUGUUUAUUAUUUAAGAAGGAUGUUGUUGUUCUAAGAAUUAGAGUCUAUAUUUUUAUUUUAUAGGAAAGCUGCAAGAAUACUUGUACGGUUAUAUCAAUGCCAAUGGUGAAAACUAAUGUAUUGACCUUUUAUUUAUUUA